GGAAUUGAUGUGUUUCUGUUACUCUGAAUGCCAUCAAGUAGCGGUCUAAGUAUUUCUUCAUUUUUUCUGUGACUGUUAGGAAAGGAUUGGUACUUGGUGCGCCUGUCACUUACUGUGACAGACGUGAACGACAACGUACCUGAAUGGGCCAUGGAGCCCUUCCCGUUCUUGGCUGUGGUUUCCCCUGAAGCUGCGAGAGGUACUGAAGUAUACAAGCUGCUUGCGGUGGAUGCAGAUGAAGGGAUCCGUGGAGCUGUAGAAUAUUUUCUCCUAGAAGGUGGUGAAGACAGAUUUGAAGUUGAGAAGAACACUGGCUGGGUUAAAACAACAGGUUUGCCAUUGGUGAGGGACAAGGAGUAUUUACUGACUGUACUGGCAGCAGAUAAACUUGGAAGCAGAGGGUCUCCAGCCUCUGUUUCUGUAAUUGCUGGAUGUCGACCACCACAGUUCACCAACAUGUCAUACUUUGUUUAUGUACCUGAAAGUAUGCCACAAGGAAAAUCCUUUCUUACAGUCAUUGCUGUAUCAUAUCAAAAGAAAUCUCUGAGCUACAGUUUACUAACUAAUCCUAGUGGUCUAUUCAGUAUUGAUCGGGCAACAGGAGAUAUCAGUUUAACUCGGAGUGUGGAUUAUGAGAAUGACCAGCACCAGUAUCUUCUUUUGGUCAGAGCAGAGGAAAAUGAGGGACAGUUCAGUAGUGCAGCUGAGGUUUUGGUUGUAAUCACAGAUGUGAAUGAUUGUGCCCCUGAAUUUCAUCAGUCGAUUUACAGCAAAGUUGGUGUUCCUGAAACAGUUACUAUGACAACUGCACUUCUACAAGUGACGGCCACUGACUGCGAUUCAAAAGAGAAUGCUGAAUUACUAUAUUACACUUUGAGUCAAGACUUUAGUAUUACUUCUCGUGGUACUAUUUUUCCAGCAACACGGUUGGACUAUGAGCGACCUAACCAUCUUUAUGAGUUCAUAAUUAUGGCUGUAGAUAAGGGGGAAGAGCCGAAGACAGGAACAGCAACUGUUAGGAUCCAUGUUUCAAAUGUGAAUGAUGAGGCACCUCAGUUUUCCCAGACAAUCUACAGGAGUUUUGUUUCUGAAGAUGCAGGCCCGAACACACUGAUUGCUACAGUUAAUGCUGUUGACCCUGAUGGAGAUGGUGUGACAUACGAUAUUCUGUCUGGGAAUCAAAAAGGAAACUUUGUUAUUGACCCUAAGAAAGGGCUAGUUAGACUUCGUUCAAGUCCGUUUCCUAAGCUGCAGGGAACAGAAUAUGUACUUAAUGUCACAGCUACUGAUGAUAAUGCCUCUGGAGGGCCCCAUUCUCUUACAAGUACUGCCCAGGUUGUUGUGAAAAUUGAUGAUGUCAACAAUAACAAACCUGUCUUUCAGAAGUGUCAGUAUUAUCGGGAGCAUGCUUCUGUGUUGGAAAACCAGCCUGCUGGGACAGUUGUACUGCAGGUUGAAGCCACUGAUGCUGAUGAAGGAGCCAAUGGUAUAGUGAAAUAUGGCUUUAUGGACAGAGGUGGUGUCCUACCAGCAUUUAGUAUUCAUCCUGACACAGGAGUUCUGACAACUGUUCAGGUAUUUGAUCGAGAAAAACAGAGGGAAUAUCCUAUCACUGUGACAGCAACAGAUCAGGCAGCGGAACCACUCAUUGGAAUAUGUCAGAUAAAUGUUAUCAUCCUGGACCAAAAUGACAAUGAUCCCAGAUUUGAAAACACCCGCUAUGAAUAUUUCCUAAGAGAGGACACAAGAGUUGGGACAAGCUUUCUUCGUGUUGUAGCCCGUGAUGAUGACUACAGCUCAAAUGCUGCCAUUACAUAUUCAAUAUCAAAUGAAGAACCAAAUUAUUUACAAAUUAAUCCUACUACAGGCUGGGUUUUUGUGAACCAACCCAUAUCUCAGAGGUCAUCUAUAAUUCGAGAGAUCGUUGCUACAGAUGGAGGUAAUAGGAGCAGUACAGUUGAGCUUGCGGUAACCAUUACCAGUGCAAAGAACCAACCUCCACAGUGGGAAAGAGACAGCUAUGAAGUUGUUAUUCCAGAGAAUACUACACGAGAUGCAUUGAUUUUGACAAUCAAAGCAACUUCUCCCCUUGGUGAUCCCCGUGUGACUUACAACCUAGAAGAGGGACUUGUUCCAGAGACCAACAUGCCAGUUCGUUUCUACUUGACUCCAAACAGACAUGAUGGUUCUGCUUCAAUCCUGGUAGCUGAGCCGCUAGAUUAUGAAACAACAAAGAACUUUGUACUGAGGGUUCGAGCACAGAACGUUGCUGCAGUUCCUCUGGCAGCAUUCGCUACGGUCUAUAUUAAUGUAACAGAUGUCAAUGACAAUGUCCCAUUCUUCACUUCAUCUAUUUAUGAAGCCUCGGUAACAGAGGGAGCUGGUGUUGGAACAUUUGUCAUUCAGGUGUCUGCCACCGACCUUGACCUUGGUCAGAAUGGUGAGAUAACUUACUCCCUGCUACAUGACAGUGGCAGAGACUACACAUAUUUUGGCUUGGAUUCACAGACAGGUUCAAUAUACACUGCCUCAGUGUUUGAUAGAGAGAGGAAGGGGUCUUACCUUCUAGAAGUCAAAUCAGUAGAUGGGUCUGAAUCAGCUCGACCUGGAAAACAUGGGAAGCCAAACUCUGACACGGCCUACGUGCGCAUUUUUAUCAGUGAUGUGAAUGAUAACAAGCCUGUCUUCACUCAAAGCGUCUAUGAAGUAAAUGUGGAUGAAGACCAGGAUGUGGGCUCGACUAUCAUUACAGUCAGUGCUAAUGAUGAAGAUGAAGGAACAAAUGCUAAAUUACGGUAUCAGAUCACAGCUGGCAACACAGGAGGAGUACUUGAUGUAGAACCAGAAACAGGAGCCAUUUUUAUUGCCCAACCACUGGAUUAUGAAGAAACAAAAACGUAUGAGAUUCACUUGUUGGCCUCUGAUGGGAAAUGGGAAGAUUAUGCAGUUAUCAUCAUCAAUGUCAUGAAUAAAAAUGAUGAGACUCCAGUUUUCUCUAUCAGUGAAUACUACGGAAGUAUAAUUGAAGAACUGGAUGGGCUACCAGUCUUCAUACUUCAGGUUAUGGCAAAUGAUCCUGAUAGUAAUGUGGAUGAAGGAGAUUUGAGAUACUCAUUGCAUGGGCAUGGUGCAGCUGAUAUUUUCACAAUAGAUGAGAAAACGGGCAGCAUUUACUCACACAAGAUGCUGGAUCGGGAAGAGAGAGCACUGUGGAGAUUUGUUGUAUUGGCUACUGAUGAAGGUGGAGAAGGACUUACAGGAUUUGCUGAUGUAAUUAUUAAUGUGUGGGAUAUAAAUGAUAAUGCACCCAUGUUCACGUGCAUGCCUGAUGAUUGCAACGGGAGUGUCUUUGAAAAUUCUCCUGCAGACACAUUAGUCAUGGAAAUGGGUGCAGUUGAUCGUGAUGAUCCAAAUGUAGGUCUUAAUGCUGUCCUGACUUACAGGAUAACAGAGAAUGUAAAAAAUGAGUUUGGUACUGACAUGUUUAAUAUCAAUCCCAAUACCGGUACAAUCCAUGUAGCGGGAGGAAUGCUAGACAGAGAAAGGACUGAAAAUUAUUUCCUUACUGUUGAAGCAAGAGAUGGGGGAGGGCUAACGGGAACUGGCACUGCCACUAUUUGGAUUGCAGAUGUCAAUGACCAUGUACCUAAAUUCACAAAAAAGAUGUGGCAGACAACAAUUCCUGAAAACACUGCCGUUGACUCAGAAGUUCUGCAAGUGUGUGCUACAGAUGCAGAUGUUGGCGAAAAUGCUGACUUAAAAUUCAGUAUCAUCGGGGGAGACCCAGAUCAGAAGUUUUAUAUUGAGAAUGACAAAGAAUGGCAAUGUGCUACUAUUAGACUGAAAAAAAAAUUGGAUUUUGAGAAUGCACGUGAAAGGCAGUUUAAUCUUACUGUUACAGUGGAAGAUCUUGAUUUUUCUAGUAUUGCAGUGUGCCUGAUUGAAGUUGAAGACUCUAAUGACCACAGCCCAGUUUUCCUUUCUCAGUUUAUUCAGACGAGCCCUUUCUUUGAAGACAUGCCUGUAGGUACUACAGUAACCACAGUGAGAGCUACAGACAAGGAUUCUGGUUUGAAUGGGAACAUUAUAUAUUCUAUAAAGUCAGAUUCAGAUCCUAUGAGACAGUUUGCGGUUGACCAAUAUGGUCAUGUGAUUGUGGCAAAUACACUAGAUCGUGAAGUCAUGCAAAAAUACAGUUUAGUUGUACAAGCUGCCGAUCAAGGCACACCUGCCCGCACUGGAAGUAUUACAGUUUUGAUUAACUUGCUUGAUGUUAAUGACAGUGGACCAAGGUUUGAGGCACCAUACAUGCCUGUAGUUUGGGAAAACUUACUGAAGCCUGAAAUAGUGUAUAUGAACCAUACAUCAAAACUGCUUCAUGCAUUUGAUCCAGACACUGAAGUAAAUGGGCCACCCUUUACAUUUUCAUUGCCACCAGAUUAUCAGAAUUCUUUGGAUUUUUCUCUUACUGACAACAGAAAUAACACAGCAACUAUAACUGCUUUGAGGUCCUUUGACAGAGAAAAGCAGAAGGUGUUUCAUCUGCCAAUAGUUAUAACAGAUAGUGGGACUCCAGCUAUGAGCUCUACAAACACCCUAACUAUAACAAUUGGUGAUGAAAAUGACAACUGCCAUGAAUCUGGCCAUAAGGAAGUCUAUGUGUACAGUUACAAAGGAAAAUGGUCAACAACAGUGCUUGGGGAAGUGUUUGCACCAGAUCAAGAUGAGUGGGACAAUAAAACAUUUCUCUCUGAAGGAAAACUGCUCAAAUCUUUCAGAUUAAAUCAGAGGACUGGUUCUUUGAUGAUGGUGGAUAAGACUCCUCAAGGAAUAUACAACUUAAAAGUUAGAGUUUCUGAUGGAGUUUGUCCUGAUGUUAUAUCUACAGUACAAAUCCACGUCAGAGAGAUGGAAAAUGAAGCUGUACAAAACUCAGCCACUGUGCGUCUAUCAGAUGUCACAGCAGAGGACUUCAUAAGGAGAGAUGAACACGGCCAAACAAGACAUGACAAGUUCAAGGAACUACUAGCAAAAAUGUUACCUGCUAAGUUUAGUGAUAUCAUUGUCUUUAGUGUGAUGAACGUUGAUGGAAAACAGACAGAUGUAAGAUUUGCAGUCCAUGGUGGCUCGGCAUAUUACAGACCUGAGAAACUGCAUGCUGAGAUGGCAGCAUUUCAAAAUGAGAUCCAGUCAGCUUUACAGUUGAACAUUUCACAGAUCGAUGUAGAUGAAUGUAGGAGUGCAAAUUGUAGUGAGGGCAACGGUUGUACAAACUACCUCGCCGUGAGUGACAUCCCAACAGUGAUGGAUACUGGAAGCGUGUCGUUUGUCUCUGUAACGGCCACCGUCAAUGCGGUCUGCACUUGUUCAGCUCGGGACAGGGUUCAUCACUCUUGUUCCUCCUACCCUCGAAGCCCUUGUCUCAAUGGUGGGAUGUGUAUUGACACUUUGAAUGGUUACAGAUGUCUUUGUCCUGCUUCGUUUCAUGGACCAGACUGCCAACAGACUAAGCACAGUUUCCAUGGAAAUGGUUAUGCAUGGUUUCGUCCCAUCAGGCCGUGUUUUGAAAGUUCUCUCUCUCUCGAGUUCAUUACUGUGGUUCCAGAUGGACUUUUACUAUACAGUGGUCCUUUAUCAAAUCCAGAACCUGGGAGCACAGAAAACUUCAUUGCAAUAGAACUCUCCGGUGGUAUUCCUGUGCUGAAAAUGAGCCAUGGCUCAGGUUUUGUGAUGCUGCAGUUUCCAAGUCACCUGAAUGUAGCAGACAAAAAGUGGCAUCAACUAGAAGUCAGAACCAGUGGUCAGGAUGUUCGAUUCACUUUGGAUCAUUGCAGUGCAGCUGUUGUUUCAGAGAUAGAAGGAGUAGGCAAAUGGCUGUCCACUGAAGAUCGUACAAAUUGUGAAGUCUUUGGGUCUGUUCCACGAAGGGCAAGGUAUUUGAAUGCAAACCAUGUUCUACAGCUGGGUGGUGUAAAAGAAUCGUUACCAUAUUCCUACCCUCAACUGCUACACAAACACUUUUCUGGUUGUUUGCGCAAUUUCAUCUUGGAUACUCAGGUAUAUGACCUUCAGUCUCCUGCAGAGUCCCUGAAUAGCUUCCCUGGCUGCACACUUACGGAUGGGAGCUGUGAGACCAUGGGGUCUUCUUCCUGUGGUGUUCAUGGGAGGUGUCUUGGAGACUGGGGCUCAUUUGCUUGUCACUGUUUGCCGGGUUACUACGGCUAUCGAUGUGAUAAAGUCGCCAAAGAAUAUACAUUUGGGCCAGGAAGUCACAUUCGCUAUCAGCUUCCUGUCAGUGUGCCUGCCCGUAGGACGCUAUUUGAAGCCAUGAUUAGGACGCGGCAGCCUGACAGUGUCAUCACAAGCAUGUUGUCUCGAAAUAAGGAUGAACACAUCACCUUACAGGUUGUUCAGGGAUUCUUAGUGGUCUCGUAUAAUCUGGGUGAUGGAGACUAUUCCGUAAGCCUUCCCUCCUACCACAUUGAUAAUGGUGAAUGGCAUCAUAUCACACUGGAGAGAAAUGAAAAUGAAUUUACUCUUCGCCUUUAUGAAGGAGGUGGGAAGAGAGAAAUUCUGAAAGCAGCAGGAGUAUAUAAAGAGAUUGUGAUUGACCCCAGCAGCUUGGUCCUUGGAAACACCUACCCAUUCAAUCAGAACAAGAGUUUUCAAGGAUGUAUGAAGGAUGUCAGAUUUAAUAACUACAGGAUCCCGCUGGAUACUCACGUGAAGGAGCUGGUGUCAGUAUUAAGUGCCCAAGGCAUCAAAGAAGGCUGUUCUUCAGAGGCUUGUAGGAAUAACCCUUGUAACCAGGAAUUUAUUUGUAUUGAUUUGUGGAUGAUGCAUGAAUGCAGUUGCCCUCCGGGACACAUGAUAAUGGAGAAUGCCACUGGUAGACAGUGUGUCCACACUGCCUGUGCUAAAAGGCCCUGUAACUAUGGCACCUGCAUCUCACAGUCACCGACCAAGUUCCAGUGUCACUGCCCUGAUGGCUAUACUGGACGUAACUGUGAAAUCACACUGGCCAUCUUUCACAAGGAUACAGGCCUGAGCUUUAGUUCCGUGUUUGCCAUCUGCGUUUGCUUUUUGGCGCUGUUAGGUAGUUAUGGCAACUACAUCUUGUAUUACCUUUGGUGAACUCAUUUAUCCAUCUUGUCCUCAAUAGUUGUCAUCUCAUCCUCCUGCUGAAAAACUCAGUUUCCUAACAGCAACUUGACUGCCUUCAUUUCUUUGCCAUGGUCUCAGCUCCAUCAGUAACUUAUUUUUCAUCCCCAUGCACGUGUGUUGCUAAGUGAAUCAAUAUUUGUGAGCGAUGGAAAGUCUUUGCAGUUUUAUUUUCUGCACAUUUUCAUUUCAUUGCAAAGGAACUGUUCAGAUGCAUAAUUGGAAGCAAAUUCAACUGAAAAGCAAGAGUGGAAAUUGCUGCCAGAUAAGCGUUGUUUAAAACACUGCUGAUCAUGAAACAGAUUUUUCAGUCUAGGAGAAAUACACUGUCCGAUAGGAACACGCUUGGUCAGACAGGAGCAGUCUCUUGUGUCUUACCAGUUGUGUCACAACUCCUAACAGCUGCUUUUGGCUUCCUCAGCCAUUUCCAGGCUUAGGCGCUGGGUCUCAAAAAGAAGAGGGAAGACAAAGAAGGAUCUCGCUAGUGAGGAAGGAUCACAUCUUUGAGUCCUUCUUGUUUAUUCAAAUUUCAUGAAAGUUUACCUGAGUAAGGACAUAGGAUUUUUGUCAUGGCUUUUACAGCGUUAGUUAUGUUUCACUCACAAAUCAUAGUAAGAGUAUGAAAAUGUGUUGUGGACUAUUUUGCAUCCGUCUGUAGCUACCUGAAAUACCACCAGGCUCCCCUGCUCUGCUAGAUGCUGUGUUUGCCAUGCAAAUACGAAGAGCAAAUAACAUGGGAAGCGAACUGGUUUCACAGCUUUUGGAUCCCAGUUAGUGGAAGUCGAUACGAGAUCAUUAUGUUAAAGGUGGGGGGUUUUGCUGUGCCAGAGCAGUUUUAUUGUGAGCUGACUUUGUGUUGCUGCCUGUGCUUGACUGAACUUGACUGAAAAAACAACGGUUAUCUUCUACCUAAUGAUCCUGCUAAUCAUUCGGGUCUAAAUUAUAAAUUAGAAACAGUUGUUUUUAACCAAGUGGUGUGCAUUGCUGUGAAAAUUUUCGUAGAUGUGGUUAACGAUGUCACAGAGGUGUAACUUCUGUUAGGAGAAUUUUUAAUAAAAUUCUUUGUUCUCAAGAUUUCAGAUGCCCUUUCCUUACGCAGCUUCCAGAAAGCAGUAAUGCACUUAAAAGUAAUUAAUUCAUGCUAUCUUAGUUAUAAAUUUAUAAGUUUCCAAUAGAUUAGGAAAGCUGCUUUUCUGACAUCUGAUUACAUCUUUUAAAUUCAAAUAUGGAACCGUUUUGCAAGUAAAGGGGUACCAGGGCGGCUUCACGUUGGUUCGCAGUCCCACAAACCUUCCCCACCCCUCCCUGCCAGGGGGAGAUGUGAGCUCAUUUUGUUCAGUUAAAGACAUGGUGAUACUGUGGAGCUUGCAACUGCUCCAACACUACGCGAUGGGUCAAAGGAACAAUAAAGUUCAUAGAAUGCUUUUAAUGACAGCACUGUUUAAUGACAGCAAGGUCCUGAGCAGAAAAUCAGGCAGGAGCUUACACUGUAUGGAAGAGAUACUGUCUUCAGUGGGGGUACUUCUGGUUUACACUCUUGUUACACUCUUGGAACGUGGGCUAUAUUAAUUUUAGGUAUUGGCUUUUUAUUAGCAGUCAGAGUAAAAGAAUAGGAGGGGUGCAGAACAUUUAAAAGACCUCUUGAGUAUCCCAAAAUCAUCUCAGCUAAAAAAAGACUUUGCCAAGAAGUUACCAUGUGUGAAAAUCUGUGUGGCACCUUUCUGUAAAUCUGGGGGGUAGGGAGAGGAGAAGUAAACACACAUCUCAAAGGCAUUGAUUCCGCUUCAAGGGUACAGCUGCGCAGCGCAGGGCAUGGACCUCCCCGCGCACCAGCUUCAGUCCCCCGGCCAUCGCGAUGCUGCUCCGCAGAACGGCCCUCUGCUGUGUAGAUGCUCUGUAAGAGAGUCUGGCCUCUCAUUCACUACGGUGUUAGUUCAUGGUAUCCAGUGGUUUGAGGUCUUACUAUGAGCUUUUGUCACUUUUAAUAGAGUUGGUAACACAGUGGUACACAAGUUCCUAUUUCCACAAUGUUCAGUAUCUGAUGUUGAAGAUUUACAACUCUCAGUGUGUAAAAUACAUCUAAGCAUUUAAGAAAAACAUUCAUGGGUGCUAAGGC